GUUGUGCCGCUGCUGCUCCUCAGCGGGGUCUGUGGGGGGACAGACCUGCACUAACCCCCCUCUGUGCCCAGCCGGGGGGACCUUCUCCGGUGGCUGCAACCAGCCCCUGGGGCAGCCCCGGGCUCUGCCGCCACCAGCCCCUGAGACGGAGCCUGCAGGAGCUGGUUACCUUGAGGAGGCGGCUGUGUAUUCCACCGAGGGGCACGUCUCACCACAGGGCCCCCUGCAGGUUCGCCAUGCAGGAGAACUACGAGAACGUGAUCUCGCUGGCGGAGGAGAUUGCGAUCAGCUGGCCCCGGAUAACCGCUUUUGCCGAGUCCCACAGGAGGAGAGGAUUGGUAUCCGGUAUAGAGAUGGAGUCAGAGCAGGGCCAGCUGGAGCCAGCCCAGGUGCAGAACUCAGCCACGGCUGGGCCCAGCGAAGGAGGGAUGACCCCUGACUUGCGUCGGCAGCUGGGUCUCAUCCUGCAGACCGCCGGCCGGAGCCAAGUGGAGAAGAUGCUGCGGGAGCUGGUGAGGGAGCAGAGCCAGGAGGGCAAGCGCAAGGCUCGCAAGAAAGCCACAAGGAGUGCCAAGGAUGGAGCAGGUGACGGGGCGCCAAGUGACAAUGAGGAGGCGACACCCCCCCAGGAAGGCUCUGAGAAGGCGGAGUCACCCGAGGCCUUGCCAGGAAAAACCGAGGGCCCCGAUCAGGGUAAAGCCAGCGGGAGCCAGUGCCGGUCGGAAGGGCAGCCACCGCAGCAGAAGAGCCCCACGCCGGGGAAGCAAGAGGGCAAAGCCACUCGCCGCACCAGCCUCAAGAAGGGGAAAGAGCCCCCACUGUCGCAGCAGCAGCGGGGGGCAGGCGUCUGCACCGAGUGUGGGAAGGACUACGGCUGUGGGCGGGCAGCGCAGCGGGUGCAGACACCGGAGAAGCCGCACCAGUGCGGGGAGUGUGGGCGCUGCUUCCGCCAGCGCUCCAUCCUGGCCAAGCACCAGAAGAUCCACACGGGGGAGAAGCCGUACCGCUGUGACGACUGUGGCAAGUGCUUUAGCCGCGGCUCCAACCUGACACAGCACCAGCGCAUCCACACCGGCGAGCGCCCCUUCCAUUGCGGCGACUGCGGCAAGAGCUUCAUCCAGAAGUCGGACCUGGAGCGGCACCAGCGUGUCCACACCGGCGAGCGCCCCUAUCAGUGCGGCCAGUGUGGCAAGUGCUUCAGUGUCAGUUCCCACCUGGACCGGCACCGGCGCACCCACCUGGGGGAACAGCGCCGCCACCAUGCCUGCGGAGGAAGCAAGGGCUGCGGCGGCGGCCCGGCAGCCCGUCACCGGGCCUGCCAGGCUGAGGAUGAGGAUGAGGAGGAGGCGGUGGCUGCCCACCAGUGUCCCGAGUGCGGGAAGUGCUUUGCCCAGCGGGCCUCACUCUCCAAGCACCGCAAGACCCACAGCGGCGAGCGGCCCUACCAGUGUGGUGACUGCGGCAAGCGCUUCAGCCGCAGCUCCAACCUGACCCAGCACCAGCGCAUCCACACCGGCGAGCGCCCCUUCCAGUGUGGCGACUGCGGCAAGCGCUUCAUCCAGCGCUCCGACCUCGAGCGGCACCAGCGUGUCCACACCGGUGAGCGGCCUUACACCUGCCCCGACUGCGGCAAGAGUUUCAGCGUCAGUUCCCACCUGGACCGCCACCAGAAGAUCCAUGCUGCUGAGCAGGCCUCCUACCGCUGCCCCGAGCACCUCAAGGGCUUCCUGGCCGCCCACCAGCACGGCAAGCUCUUCAAGUGCUCUGACUGUGGACGCUGCUUCAGCCAGAGCGCGGCGCUGAUCAAGCACCAGCGGGUGCACGCCAGCGAGAGGCCUCACCAGUGCACGGACUGCGGGAAGAGCUAUGUGGCCUGCGGCGCUGGCCCCAAGGCCCAGGCGGCGGCCGGAGGGAAGCCCCACAAAUGCACCGACUGCGGAAAGAGCCUGGGCGGCAUCUCGCCCCCCGUGCUGCACCCCAGGCUGCGCGCCCAGCAGUGCAUGGACUGCGGGAAGAGCCUGGCAGCAGGGAAGCCCCUGCCACCACCGGCGGAGAAGCCAUUCAAGUGCACGGACUGUGGGAAGGGCUUCGGGCAGCGCUCAGCCCUGGUGAAACACCAGCGGAUCCACACGGGUGAGAAGCCCUACACCUGCCCUGACUGCGGCAAGGGCUUCAUCCAGAAGUCGGACCUGACCAUCCACCGGCGCAUGCACACUGGGGAGAAGCCCUACCGCUGCCCCGAGUGCGGGAAGUGCUUCAGCGUCAGCUCCAACCUCAUCACCCACCAGCGCACUCACCUGGGCGAGAAGCCCUACCAGUGCUCUGAGUGCGGCAAGAGCUUCAUCCAGCGCUCAGAGCUCACCAUCCACCAGCGCGUGCACACCGGCGAGAAGCCCUACAAGUGCCCCGAGUGCGGGAAGUGUUUCAGCCGUAGCUCCCACCUCAACCGGCACCAGCGCACCCACACCGGCGACAAGCCCUCGCUGCUCUCUGCCACCAAGAACUCCGUCACUGCCACCAGCAACCCCCUGCAGGCCUCCUCCGCCUUCUCCUCUGCCUCCUUCUCCUCCCCGCUGGGCACAUCCUCUGCCCCCCUCCCCACCCUACCCUCUUUCCCUUCCUCACCCUCACCCAUCUCCAUCCCUGCCCUCUCCAAUAACCCACUGGAUCUGCCCUGGGCCCUGUCCUUCCCAUCCCGUGCCUUCCCUCACCCUUCCUUCCCCUCGCCUGCUCCGUCCGGGACCCCGGCCUCAUCACUGAUAAACUAA